AUGGCAAGGUCCACGGCCGCCGAAGUGCAUCCGCGCGGGCCGCUCGUGGCGCUGUUGCUGCUGCUGCUCCUGGGGCUGGGCAUGCGCGGGGCCGAGGCGCAGCAGGCGUGCGCGGGGCAGCUGAGCGAUCUCGCCCCCUGCACGCGCUACAGCGUGCCGCCGGCGCCCGGGCAGCCGCUGCCGGCGCCCGGACCAGAGUGCUGCUCCGCGCUCGGGUCCGUCACGCGGGACUGCGCCUGCGGCGCCCUCGACAUCAUCAACAGCCUGCCGGCCAAGUGCGGCCUCCCCAGAGUCAGCUGCCGUAAGGCUUGUCUUCCUUACACGCGAGCGUUGAGCGCGCGCCAUGGUCGAUCAGUUUGA